AUGUGCAGCGUUGACCCUCCCCACCCUGAACGACUUCUUGAUGAGGUGGAUAAUCCCAUGAACCACUUGCCAGCGUUGGAUGUAAGCGCUAUGCUGCAAAUGGCAGGUCAUCGCGGCCGGCGGCCAAUCCAUGAAGCAGCCGCAACCUCCGAGUAUCUAGUUGCCUGGCUGAUUGAGAAAGGAGUUGAUCUGGCGGCCACAACCUAUCAUGGCGAGAGCCCGCUUCAUAUUGCGGCGUCGGCCAAGCAGAGCAACAUUGUCGGACUUUUGCUUGACAGGUACGACGAGCAGGAAAAGGCGAAACUUGUCAACCAGCGAGAUCGACUCGGCUGCACACCUCUUCACUACGCUUGUCGCUCCGGUAAGAGAGAGACCGUCGUUCUCCUGCUAGACGCAGGGGCCGAUGCCACCAUCGCUGACGAGAAAGGCGAGACUCCGUUGCAUGCGUGUGCAGAGUUCAAAAGAUAUCGCAAGUGCCCACCGGACAAUUGCUCUCGUUUUGCCGAGGGUGUCUGGCAUUUUUUCACUGACGACGACGAGACAUUACGAAUAAACGAGAUUGUUGGUCUGCUGCGUGCACACGGCGCGGACAUCCUUGCCAGAGACAAAAUGGACAGGACGCCUCUGGAGGUUGUAAUUGCCAACGCAAACCAGGAGAUGGUUUCCCUUUUACAGGCCGACACUAUGGAAGCCAUCAAAUCAGACAAAACGCGCCAUGGAAGCGACUGGCAUCUGGACGGCUUGGCCGGGUCCUUAGGCAAGGAACGAUACAUCAAGUCAUUCAAGUAUUUGAUGGACCUAGGCUUGGAUCCUUUUCAGGAGGAUUACAAGCAACGGUUUGCUGUGGACGUCGCGGCCGCAAUGGGUAAAAGUGACAUUCUUGCUCUUUUUCAGAAGAAGACAGAUCAAAUCAGCGUGAGGUUUGCAGGCUUGGUUAACUCUAGAUCGUAG